CGUCUUCCCCCGCCACUGAAUCGGAAGUUCUCGGCUGCUGUUGCGUGGAAAUGGGCACCGGUGGGCGGAGUGGGCUACGGCCAGGCAAAGGGAACGCAGAAGGGGUGGCCGCGGGCCAGGGGAGCACGGACGGGGUUGCAGCCACUCCUACUGCUGCCUCGGCCUCCUGCCAGUACAGGUGCAUCGAAUGCAACCAAGAGGCCAAGGAGUUGUACCGAGACUAUAACCACGGAGUGCUGAAGAUAACCAUCUGCAAGUCCUGCCAGAAACCUGUAGACAAGUAUAUCGAGUAUGAUCCUGUUAUCAUCUUGAUUAAUGCUAUUUUAUGCAAAGCCCAGGCCUACAGACAUAUUCUUUUCAAUACUAAAAUAAACAUGCAUGGGAAACUCUGCAUAUUUUGUUUGCUUUGCGAAGCUUACCUGAGGUGGUGGCAGCUUCAAGAUUCAAACCAGAACCUCGAUCCUGACGACUUCAUCAGAUAUGCCAAGGAGUGGGACUUCUAUAGAAUGUUUGCAAUUGCUUCUCUAGAACAAGCUGCCUUUUUUACGGGCAUCUUUACUUUCCUGUGGCUAGAACGGCCCAUGACAGCAAAUAAAAAACACAACUUCAUUUUGCUGCUGAAAGCAUUGUUGUUGUCCAGCUACGGAAAACUCUUGCUGAUUCCAGCCGUCAUUUGGGAGCAUGACUACACACCGCUGUGCCUCAGGCUCAUCAAAGUAUUUGUCCUUACGUCCAAUUUUCAGGCAAUUAGAGUGACCCUGAACAUCAGCCGAAAGCUCUCCUUUCUGGCCAUCUUGAGCGGCUUACUGCUGGAAAGUGCCAUGGUCUACUUCUUCCAGAGGAUGGAAUGGGAUAUGGGAAGUGAUUGCACCAUCUACAAAUCUCAAGACCUUUGAAGAGUUGUAGGCAGCUGACGGUUCAUCUCCGUUAGUCCAUUGAAACCAGCUUCUGGCCCUUCUGCCAGCCGCCCCUCAGUAGAGUUGUUUGGAAGAGUCUCUGCGGCUGUCUUCCCACAAAGCCGGCACUACGUGCACACAGAGCCUCAGCCGGACCUCCGUGUCGCUCCGCUACCUUCGUGGUCCCCUCCAGUGAACCUCCCCACGCUCCUUCCUCCCACGUCUGCCCUCACUUUGCCGAGGCUCCAGCUGCUUACACAUUGCUUGAGCUUCAUUCCUCCUUCAACUCAGAACUCGUUUGGUUGCCUGCCUUCUUCCCUCCUGCCCUCUCUCUGGUCCUGGACCCGUGCUCCCUUCCUCUCUGGGCUGUCUUCUACUUGUAAGUGUCCCCCUCCCCCUGGUCACAGCCAGGCUCCUGGCCCACAGCCGGCCCUCCCUGCAGCCUGUGCUGGCCACAAGGGCCGGGAGCAGACUCGGAGGCCGGUCUGAGGGUGGGGGUGCGGGUGGCAAGGAAAGCACCCCAGCUCCGAACCUUCUCCACCUCUGUGAAAAGGCCAUCCUCACUCCUGCAGCCUCAGUCUCUUCUCAUGCUCAGCUAAUGCUCUCCCUUCCGGGUCUUGAGACACAGCUCCCUCCGUGUCCUCUCCCGUGCACCGGCUCCUUCCCCUCUGCAGACAUACAUGCACAACUCUUGGUUCGAGAACAGUCGGUCAAGCCUGCUUCUGCACAGCCUUUCCUCUUUGUGAGACACACUUUCUCCCGUAGUCCCCUGACUCUGUGCUCCUGAGACUCAGAGGAAGCCAGCUGCCAGGUGUCUGUCCCAGGACUCUGGCCUCAGCCUCCCUCCUCUCUCUCGCUCUUCACGCACCCAACUCCCACUACGUGGGCCUCCCAGACCCAGCACCUCCAGCCCGCCCCUCUUCCUGUUCUCCGUGCCUGCCCACCACCUGCCAGGCAGCACCAGCAAGGCCCUGCCUCUACUUCUGUAGCUGAACUCCAUCUCACCGCCCUCUACCCACCCAAACAGAAUCCUUCCUCAAAGUUUUUCUCUGGAAAUGCCCCUUUUCCCUCAGCCUCCGGGUCAGCUCUGGUCUCCUGCCUGAGAGUUCACAACAGCCUCCUCAUAGGCCCUGAGCCCGGACCGGGGCCACAUAAAUCUUCACAGCACCGUUGCGGUUCCCUCUGAAUUUUUCAUCAUUUCUUACUGCCGGCCCAGGAGCUUCUUGUCUCUUCCUGAGGAACGACUUUUUGUUUCCGCUUUGCAGAAGCGUGGUCCUCACUAUUCCGGCCCUAAUUCCUUCUCCGCCAGCAUGUCCCUACCCCCGUUCUCUGCUGCAGCCUCCUCAGCUCCGCGUGUGCCUGGUGCUCUUCUCAGGGCCUGGAGCGGCCUCUUCUCUGCCUGACUGGAUACAGUCAGUCAUCUUGGCCUCUCUGUGGAAGGAAGACUUUCCAAAACCUCGAGUCCAUGUGCUCCCUCCCGCUGAGCUCCCAGGGCCAGCUUAGCACCAUGGUCGCCGUGUCCGGAGCCCCGGGGACUGUGCUGGUCCCACUUCCACUUGUCAAGUGAUCCGUUGUAACUCCCGGUCAGGAAAAACGAGGCCGCCCGCCUCUCACAACCAUUGGAACCCUGCUGUCCUCCUUUUAUGUUCCCUCGUGUUUUAUAUUGUGCGUGUCUUCUGUUCGGAUUCCGUGUGUGUAAACACGGGACUCCCCCAACCUGGGUAAAAGUGUGGUUCCGGUUAUACAUGCGGAGGUAACAUGUUCCCCCAGUCCCGGGCCUCCCCCGAGAACUUGCUGAGUUGAUUUUCAGCGGAAUGUGUCACUCUAAAUACUUCUUUUAUCAUC